CUUCAUGAUGUCCUUUCAACUCCCUGCUCAACACCAUGCACUCCAGCUUGGAAGCAUCGAGACUGGUCUCCAGGUCAAGAAGCUACCAACCCCUCAACCCGGCCUAGGAAACGCCAUCAUCCGUAUUGAAGCAGCUGGGAUACUCUCGUAUCAUCGCGAUGUCUACAACGGGAGUCGGCACUACUCCUUCCCUACUCCGAUCAUUGGCGGCAUUAGCGCUGUUGGACGUAUCACUGCCCUAGGACCCGAUGCGACUGCGUUGAGUGAAGGACAGCUUGUAUACGUUGAUUGCGUAAUCCGUGCACGAGACAACCCAGAUACACUCUUCCUCUCUGCUAUCCACGACAGCAGCGCCGAUGGCAGCAAGAAGCUGAUGCGAGAUGUGUGGCGAGAUGGAACUUUUGCAGAGUUGUGCGCCAGUCUGGGUUACUCUGUUCAGGACUUGGCAUACAUGGGCUAUCUGCUUGUUCCGUUUGGUGGUCUACGAGACAUCAAACUAGAGCCCGGGGAGACUAUCGUUAUCAGCCCGGCAACUGGUGGUUAUGGCGGCGCAGGUGUGCAAGUGGCCAUUGCCAUGGGCGCAAGAGUUAUCGCCAUGGGCCGAAAUGAGAAAGAGUUGGCUAGGUUGAAGGAGCAUGUACUACACGGCUCGCCAAAUGCCCAGAUCGAAACAAUGAAGAUGACAGGAGAUGAGGCUGAGGAGUUGGCGACACUCCAGACUUUUGGGACCAUCGACGCCGUUUUGGACUUGACGCCGCCUCAAGGAUCCAAGUCGUUACACUUGAGGAGUGCUACGAGUGCUCUUCGUCGUAAUGGGCGCGUCAGUAUGAUGGGCUUCGUUGACCAACCUAUAGUUCCUUGGACUCUCGUGGGUAAAAACAUCACGAUAAGAGGGAAGCUGAUGUAUGAGCGAGAGGACAUGAUACAGUUUGUCAAAAUGCUGGAAAGGGGCUUAUUUCCCCGCGCUAAGGCAUUUGUUGAUACGAGGGCAUUCCAGUUGGAGGACUGGAAGACUGGGCUCGAUAUGGCGGCCGAGCACACUGGAAUCGGAAAGCAUGUAGUCUUUACCCCAUAG